AUGAAGGGCAGGAGGGACAUGUCCCCAGGUGAGGAGUCCAGCAAGGACUUGGAUUCCAACUCCCAUCACUCACCUGGGGAGCCGUCUACCUCUGCCCUUGCUACUCCAGGGGGCGCUGCUGAGACGGAGGGGAAGGCCAGAGAGAAGGACAGUGAAGAGGAGUGGGACAGAGAGAAAGGUGAAGAGUGGCAGCUGAAAGUGCAGGACAGAGGUCGAGGGCUGAUUAAGGAGUCUCUCCUCAAGUUUGGAAACGAACUUGGGGAGGACUCCGUAAAGGACAAAAAGAAGAAAAAGAAGAAAAAGAAGAAAAAGAAAAACAUCGCCCGGCGUCAGCCUGAGACCUCUGUCAGGGGGUCUGGAGAUUCCACAGAGGAGGGUGAGUGCUCAAAUGCUGAGUAUAUGUACAAUGAUGAUGUUCAGGCCUUGCAGAAGCCUGGGGCCAGGGAUACUAACCCUGCAGGUGGCAACACCUGUAUGCCCAAGAAACCUGCACAACCUGCCUCUGUGGAAGUAUCUGGGCCCCCCGCCGCCCUCCAUGGUGACAGGGAGACCAUCCCCGCCGGUACUAUGGCGUGUACCGGUGAUCCCAUGGAGGGGUCCUUCCCUUGCUCCCUUCCCACUCCCUCCCUUACCUGCCUUCCCUCUGACCUUCCUCUCCGUGUGGCUGGUACCUCUGCCUCCUGUCCUCAGGUGGCUGCUGGGCAGGAUGGCACUGGAUGGAGCAGUCUGGAGCAGGGUGAUGGCCCUCCUUUUUCCUCUGCUCCCUUGGAGCAAGCUUGA